AAUAAUAUUUCUCCAUCUUGUUUUUCUAUUCAUAAUACGGUGCUAAUUGCUGGGUUCAGAAAAAAAUAAAAGGCGCUGUAAUUUAAUGUGCAGAUCUUAGAAAUAUGGUUUAAAAAACAAUUUAUUGCAUGCGUUUUUAUAAGAAUAAUUUUGCAUUGUACAAGUGUGUCACUAGAUGAUUAAAAAUUAAAUAUUUCAUGCUGUAUAAGCGAAGACAUCAAACAAGUUUUUGCCAGUGACUAAACAAUGAGUUCUCGUCAUAGGGAUAGGAGUCGAUCACGAUCUCGCGACCGUGAUCGACACAAGGAAAGGGACAAGGGACGGGAUCGUGACCGUGAUAAAGAUAGAGAGCGAGACCGUGAUCGUGAUCGUGAGCGGGAUCGCGAUCGAGAUCGUGACCGUAACCGAGAUAGAGACAGGGACAGAGACCGGGAUCGCGACCGUGAUCGCGAAAGACACCGAUCUAAAAGGGAUAAGGAGCGAGACCGCAGCCGCAGCCGAGAUCGCCAUAAAGAAAAAAGGCGAAGUCGCUCCCGCAGUCGGAGUCGAAGUCGUGGAAGAAAGUCUAAGGACAGGGAUGGGACCAUUGCCCUUCUGGAUCAGAUGGUGGGAACUACUACCAAAGCUACUGCUCGACAAGUGGCAGCCCCCACUAGCAUCAAUCCUGCAACACAAGCAGCCAUAUUGGCAGCCGCAGCUGUAGCUCAGACGUUUGUGGCGCAGCGGCGCAUGGCGGCGCCCGUGCAGCCCGCCGCCGCCGCCGCCGCCGCGCUGUCGGCCGCCACCGCCAUCCCGCCGCCCACCUCGGUGCAGCAGAAGCUGGAGAUGAUGCAGGCGCGCACCGAGUCGCGCUACCGCGACAAGCCGCCCUUCGACCACCACCCGGACGACGACAAGGACGACGGCCAAGGUAGCCGCGCCGGCCGCGCCGCCCGCGCCCCCGCCCCCGCCCUCGCGAGGCGCGGCGCCAGUGUCUCACCGCCCGACUGCGCAGGCCCGCCCGGCGAGACGGCGGCCGAGCGGCGCGCGCGGCGGCGGCGCACGCGCUGGAUGGGCUCGGAGCACGACAAGACCUUCAUCCCCGGCCUGCCCACCGUGCUGCCGUCCACCCUCACGCGCGAGCAGGAGGAACAGUACCUACUGCAGCUGCAGAUCGAGGAGGUGAGCCGCAAGCUGCGCUCCGGCGACCUGGGCAUCCCCGCCAACGUGGACGAGAGGUCUCCGUCGCCGGAGCCCAUCUACUCGACGGACGGCAAGCGCCUGAACACGCGCGAGUACCGCACGCGCCGCAAGCUGGAGGAGGAGCGCCACCGCCUCGUGCAGCGCAUGCAGCAGAUCAACCCCGAGUUCAAGCCGCCGCCCGACUACAAGCCGCCCAUCAUCCGCGUGCACGACAAGGUGAUGAUCCCGCAGGAGGAGCACCCCGACAUCAACUUCGUGGGGCUGCUCAUCGGCCCGCGGGGGAAUACGCUUAAAGCGAUGGAGAAGGAGACGGGUGCGAAGAUAAUAAUACGAGGCAAGGGCUCCGUGAAAGAGGGCAAGGUGGGCCGCAAGGACGGACAGCCGCUGCCCGGCGAGGACGAGCCGCUGCACGCCUACAUCACCGCCACCAACGCGGACUGCGUCAAAAAGGCAGUCGAGAAGAUCAAGGAGGUGAUCCGCCAGGGCGUAGAGGUGCCCGAGGGGCAGAACGACCUGCGGCGCAUGCAGCUGCGCGAGCUGGCGCAGCUCAACGGCACGCUGCGCGAGAGCGACGCGCCGCGCUGCGCCAACUGCUCCGCCGCCGACCACAAGACCUGGCUCUGUCCCGACAAGCCGAACGUGACCAACAGCAUCGUGUGCUCGUCGUGCGGCGGCGCCGGACACAUCGCUCGGGACUGUCGCGCGCGCCGCCCGGGACACGCACCGCCCGCUGCGCACGACAAGGCUAAGAUCGACGAGGAGUACAUGUCGCUGAUGGCGGAGCUGGGCGAGGCCCCGCCGGGACUGGGCACGGGCCCCCUGCGGCGCCCCGCGCACUCGCCCUUCGCGUCCGCGCACGCGCCACGCGCCAUCAUGCCGGCCCCGGGUGAGUGCGCCCCGAGGGCGACGAGCCUCGAGUCGACGGCGGAGACUAUAUCGCAUGCUCGUGCAGGAGGCGCCCCGCCGUCGCUGCCGCCGGCGCCCUUCCCGCACGCGAUGCCGCACGCGCCGCAGCACGCGCCGUGGCUGGGCUCGAGCGCCGGCGCCAGCGUGAGCGCGGCGCAACCCCCGCCGCCCGGCAGCGCGCCGCCCUUCCCGCCGCCGCCGCCGCCGCACCAGGGAGAUAAUCCGAUGGGUCCUCCGUCCAACGGUCCCGGCGGCCCGCACAUGCCUCCACCUCCGCCGGGCAUGAUGGGGAUGGGCGGCUGGCGCGGCGCGUUCGGGCCGCCGUGGGCCGCGCCGCCCGCCGCGUUCCUGGCGCCGCCGCCGCCGCCGCCGCCCGUGUCGUCGUCGUAGCCGGCGCCGCCGGAGCCGAGCCGGACGCUCGGAGGCUCGAGCCGGUCGUCCUACUUUACUUUUCCGAUUUAAAUUACUUCUUUUAGCGAGUUGCGGUUUAUGACGAGGAGAAGAGGGAAAAAUGAUUUUGUUCCCGCACAAAAUGUCAUCGAUGGCGGCGUUUUAAAUGUCCACAAAGUGUUGUAAUAAGUAAACGAUAAUGA